AUGUCAGCAGCUACAGGGGAUCAGCCACAGCAUCCUCAUCACCUUCAACAAUCUUCACUUUCGGAUAUGCAGCGUUUUCUUCAAUAUCACGACCAACAAUCUUCGCUUCUUGGCAUACAACGUUUUAAUCCAUCAUCGGUGUUAUCUUCUGGAACCUGGAAUGAAACGAUGGUAACAAUGUUUUCUCCACCGCAUCAAAGCUACGAUUUGAUGGGGUCAAGGAAGGCAUUUUGCUUUUCACAAGAUGAUGAUCCAAUGUUGGGAUAUCCUCGCGUGGCACCUGCAGCAACAGCAGCAACAACAGUAGUAGAGAACAGCCAUGAUGAAAAGCAGCAUGCGACCUGGACAACAGUAACACCAACAAAGAUGCAUGCAAAUACCGGCAUGGAAUCUCCUAGUGCUUCUAUUGCCAGCUCUCACACAAUGUGGUCAUCUCCUGGUCCUGAGGAUGAGCAAUACAAUACAACUCAACAGCCUACAACCCCUGGUGACAGCUAUCAAGAUUCAGUGUAUCCAAGUCCUUUCUCACCACCAUCCACUGGUAUCAUACCCGUGACCAGCACCAUUUUAGAUAUGGAUGCCGACCAAGAAUUAUUUUCACUUCCUGCCAAUAUCAGCAGCACCACUGAUUGCGACAACAAUCUCGCCAUGUUGUUUGCUCAUGAUAGCACAACGUCACCAGCCGAUUCAACGCAGCUAUCAGCAUCGUCACUCACUAUCAACGGAGGUGAUGAUACAUUAAUGGCCGAUAGCAAUACGGAUUGUUGCUUUUCAGAAGAUGAGGAUGAAGAUGCGUAUGACGAUGUAUUUGCACCAUGGCCUGCAACAUUACCCCAUACACCUACAGCAGCUGAGGAUGAGUUGCUUGUGGAUGAGCAACAACAAGCUGAUGAUGAUGAUAUGAACACAGCCGAGUUUGCAGACAACAGCAGCAUUGACGAAGAGGAAUAUGAGGAGGAAGAAGAAGAAGAUGGCGAGAUUUAUGAAUCACAUCCUUUGAAUCAGCUGUUGCUGGAUCUACAAGGACAAGUAGCUAAGCAUACCAAGAUGAAUGAAUCCCAAUGGACAGGCAUCAACGAACGAGCAAUCGACGUGUUGACACAUGAUGAUGGUGAAUUUCCACCUAUUCGCCAAUGUAUCUAUGAUUGCCUACACACGCUUGCAAGCCGUGUCAUUGAUCGUCCCAUUGCCAAUCCUCGACGUUGUCGCCGUCAAUCCGCAUCUUCAGCACAACAACACAACAAACCACGUCGACAACGACAAGCCUCUGCACCCGUAUCCACAUCAGUAUUGCAAAAAGAAUACAGCACCGAACCACCAAUUCAAGCCCCUAAAGGAGAUUUGGAUGUGGCUAGUAGCACCACUAUUGAUACCACACUUGCCUAUGACAACACUAGCUUGGAAGACGAUGAAGGAUCAGCAUCAAUACCUACCACGACCACCACACUUGGCAAGCGUUCAGACGAGUGGAUUCCAGAAGACGAUGAUGAUGAUGAUGAUGAUUUAUCUUGCCGUGAUACAAGCUCCGAAUACGGUGAGGGCCAUGCACCACAAUCACGACGACGACGACGACGUACAUCCUCCUCCUCUUCUUUUUCAUCAUCUUCAUCAUCAUCAAGUAGCCAACAUGGAAUACCAAAGAAGACUCGCAAAAACUAUAGCCGUGAAACAACAAACGUUUUGAUGAAUUGGUAUCUUCAGCAUGGUGGAAAGACCCCUGAGCCAAAUCACAAGGCAAUGCUUGCCGAACAAGCGAACAAGACAUUGGUGCAGGUCUCAACCUGGUUUCAAAAUGCACGUCGACGCCACCAAGGCAAACUUGACCAAUACCAACGCUUGAAAAAGGCAUAUCCAAACAAGGUGUAUGACUAUGCUUCGUUCCUAGCAUUUACUGAAGCAAAGCAAGGCAAGAAACGGGAUCGUGAAACUGCUGAUAUUGAAACUGAUGACGAUGAAGCCCUGCCUUUAUGCAAGCGCAUAAAGUAA